AUGUGCCCCCCAGUCAGCAUGCGGUGUGAGGCGGAGGGCAUGUCCUACCUCCGCACGUCCUGGAUGUACCAGCUUCAACAUGGCAGCCAGCUAAGGGUCUGCUUUGCUUGCUUCAAGGCUGCCUUUCUGGACCUUAGACAGUUGCUGGAGUCGGAAGACUGGGAAGAUGAAGAUUGGGUCCCUGAGCUGAUGGGCCACACUGAGGCAGGGUCUGAGCAGGGGGCAUCCCCGGGGAUGGGACCAAGCUGGGGGCAGGGCCAAGGGCAGCCUGCACAGGGUGGGUCUGUGGACUGGGGGUCGGGCACCCUGGCGUCAGGCCCUGUGGGGUCAGAAGAGGUGGGCCUGGAUGAUCACCUUGUGCCCACCGAGCUGGAGCCUCAGGAUGCCACACCCCUGGGCCUGGGUGCUGAGGAUGCUGACUGGACCCAAAGCCUUCCCUGGAGAUUUGGGGGACUCCCUAUCUGCUCACACUGGCCAAGCCCCUCUCCUCCAUGGCAGGAGUUUUUCAAAGUGGACCUGCCCCCGGCGGGAGCCCAUGGUAUUGGAGCUGGGCACCAGCCGGGCCACGGACCCUGUUGA